UCUGUACAAAACUUGACGCAGCGGCCAAACCGGUCCCGCAGAGCCCGUUUCUGGAAGCUGCAUCCGCUAAUUUAGUAAGAAAAGGCUUAGUCCAGUCCAGCGCACAUUACACUUUGAUAUUUUGGGGUUUCUUUGCAAAAUGUGUACGUCUCCUUUAGCCCUUAGUUAGCUAAAUCCCUCCGAUCUGCGAGCGCCCUGACCCACCAUCAGCCUCGGUUUUAAGGGGUAGAUUUGUGCCUCCUCUGCCCUUCGCGUGCGACCCCUCCCCUCUCUACUACUCUCAGGUCGGGUUGGGCUAAUGGUGCAUUUGAGUACUCUUCGUAAAUUUGCUAAUAUAUCACGAGUUUCGAAUAACUGUGCUAAAAACCACAUACAUUUAAACAAAUAUAGCACCACCACAAUGUAGACAUUAGCUUUUAUCUCUAGUGAUUUUAUGAAACCGAACAGAAGCUCUGCUCUGCAGAAUACAGAAAAAAAUCCUAUCGACACGUAACUUUUCAUGCUCCUUUCAAGUCUUGAAAGUAGCCCGCAUGUAUAACUAAAAAACGAAUAAUAUUCAGCUAUUAUUCAUCCAUAAUUGUUUACUCAAUUACGAAAAAAACCGCCAUGUUAAAAUACAUAAACAAAACAAGUUGUUUGCCAAAUUCAGACAGGGCCUGAAUGCAACAUAAGCCUAGUGUGUGUGCGCUCGCGCCGUGUUUGUGAGGCAGAGAGUUGCGUGCGAAGAGCUCGACAUGUCAUUCAGAGGAAUCCGCCACCUGAAACGCGAGGAAGUGAAGGCGACUCAAUUGGGUAUAAAGCAUCAGCCAACAUCUGCCCCGAUCAGUGCAAAGCUGAUGAAAACAUCAGCUCGGAGCUCAUACAGGACCACUCAGGUUUAUUUGAUUUCCCCUGGAUUUAUCGCUGGGAGUCGGUGCACCCUGGGAGACGCAUCUCUUUUCAGCACUUAAAGUGAAUGUGACUCCACAGCCAACACUAUACUGGAAUUAACAGAAAGCCGCACAUAUCUCAGCGCACCUGUUACCUCCACGGAGCGCGAGAUCAUGAUCCCUCCUGGAGACUGCAUGUAUGCGGGCAGAAAGAGGAGGAAGCCCAUCCAGAAACAGAAGCCAUCCUCUGCCAAUGAGAAAACCAACCCAUCCAAGCGGCACCGGGACAGGCUGAAUGCUGAACUGGACCGCCUGGCCAGCCUGCUGCCAUUCCCCCCAGAUGUCAUCUCCAAGCUGGACAAGCUGUCAGUGCUCCGUCUUGCUGUUUCCUACCUCCGCGUCAAGAGUUUCUUCCAAGCGAGCCAAGACAAGACCAGCAGGAAGCACAUCAUGAGCACAGCAUCCUCUAACCCUGAACCCAGGAAAGAGAGCCUUCCACUGGGCACAGGCGUGAAUGAAAGCAGCCUCCUCCUGGAAUCUCUGACAGGCUUUGCCUUGGUGGUGAGCAGUGACGGGAUGGUUUUUUACGCUUCCUCGACCAUUGUGGACUAUCUGGGAUUUCAUCAGACUGACGUGAUGCACCAGAAUGUGUUUGACUACAUCCACAUAGACGACCGUCAGGAAUUCAGACGCCAGCUCCACUGGGCCAUGUGUCCUCCACAGCACCAAGGGACGGUGGCACACCAGGAUAACCAGCUAGCUGCAGGAACUGGUGAAGACUUUGUAGUGAGCAGCCUGUUCCAUUCUCCAGAGGCAGGGGAAAUCCCUCCCGAGCUCUCCUGCUUUCUCAACAGAUGUUUCAUAGCCAGAGUCCGAUGCCUUUUGGACAGCACCUCUGGAUUCUUGACGAUGCAGUUCCAAGGUCGGUUGAAGUUCCUCCAUGGGCAGAAAAAGAAGUCAGCCUCUGGUGCUCCAGUGGCCCCACAGCUGGCUUUGUUCUGCAUAGCUGUUCCCCUCCUGCUCCCCUCCAUCACGGAGAUGAAAAUGAAGAACAUGUUAAUGCGGGGAAAGAAUAAAGGAGCAGUAGGAGGAAUCAUCUCCGGACUGGAGCAAGGCGAGCGUGGAGAACACCUCCGGAGACACUCCUUCAAUGGAGGAAUGGGUGAUGCUGCAGAUUCUCUCCGGCUCUCCUGUCCCACUCCUGGUGCAACCCAGCGAGGUCACCACACUCCGUGGACCCCACUCUCCAAAGACAACCUCAAGUUCCGCCCGGACGGUUACUAUAACCAGGAGGAGCCCCUAAACUACUGCAAGUCCUCCGUGGGUCCCCAUAAAGGUCUGAGCCCAGGCGUGGGUGGCGGCUGGCCUCCGCGACAGAACUCAGGACCCGUCAGGGCAGGCCAGGGCGUCAGCUACAUCCCCUCUAACCGCAUGAACAAGACCGGCCAGUACGGGAAGCCGUACCGUCUCUCGCCCAGCUGUCACAGCGGCAGAGGUGGUGAGGUGUUUGUCUCCAAGCUGUACGGCAACGUCCAGAUUCCCACAGACCCAGACGCCUACUGCGUGGACCUGGUGAAGAGCGAGAAUGGCUACGGAGAAUGCUUCGACGGUCACCUGAUGCCCGAGAUGCCCCCCAUAAAGAUCGAGCACGACUCUGAUUCGGAGAACGGCUGCGACGCGUACGGCCGACCCUGGACGUGCCGCGACCAAGUGCCCGUUGACCGUCGCUAUGGUAACGGCCUAUAUGACCACACCGUUGGCCUGCAGCUGAAAUCCGAAGCUGAUUAUUACGAUCCACAGUAUUCGCCCUGCCAGCGGGGGAAGGCUGGGAUCAGCCCGCCGUACAACAACGGUAACUAUCAGAACUAUGCAGUGAACAACGGGAACGCCAACGCACGCCUGUUAAAGUGCGACAAAGACCUGGGCAGUAACAAUGACUCCAGUCAGUUUAGUCCUCAGAGAUUCCCACACUCAGACUCUCUAUGCAGCAGCCAAUCCGUCAACCUCAUGGACUCGCACGUCUACUCACAGGAUCCACACAAGGCCUACAUGCAGUCUGACUACAACAAGCAUGGCACCUACGAGUUCAAAGGUCACAGCCUGAUCCAUUCGAUCAAGCGGGAGCCCAUAGACUCGCCGCCGUGGCCUGAGAGCGGCCAUGACAUGAACCAGUCCAUAAUGGUCGGCUCCAGGAACGUUAUGCCAUGCGUGAUGAGCACAGGACACCACAAGUCCAGUCCAUAUAUUUACAUGCCGUGAAAGUGACACGUCAACACAUCUGCAGAUACUUACCCUCUACACAAACACACACACAUACAUAUUCUGUACACGCAAAGAAAUCAGUGUGCAUUAAAGUACUUUGUCUUAUCGUUUUCAUACACCAGCAUUAUAAGAGAAGAGUUAUUUUUUAAGGGAUUCCCAGGAUGUCACAUACUUCUUCUGUUUGACGAAGAAGCUCAGGUUCUAGUGUUGUGACAAUCAAAGUUAAUACGAAUCCAGUUUAUGCAUAGAUUCGUUUGUUUGUAAGGAUUAAACUUUGUAGCUGGUUCCAAGCACUUUUAGAUUUAGCGACGACAAGACUUUUGAAACACAGUUUUAUUUUAUUUUUUUUAAUAUGUUGUGGACACCUGACUUUUGUGGAAGAAACAAAGAUUUAGCUGUCGAGAAAUGUUUUGGUUUUUUUAACCUUGCACACAGGGGACGCUGGUCUCAAGGGAGAUGACGAGUGAGUAUGAGAAAAACAGGUGAUUUUUGCAUGUUUUCAUGCUUUUAAAUUACUGCCAGGGCAGUUUAAAAAAACAAAUAGGGUGAGCAAAGUUAAAUUGGUGCCACAAGAUAAUACUUAAAGCACCGUAAAACACUUGUUCAUUCAUUCGAGGAUAUUUUAAUGCAUGAAAAAUCUUCUUUGAUGCCCGUUUGUUUUGUGCUCUGAAUCGUCUAAAAGCGUAGCUUUCGAUGCAACAUUGGAAAGUUUUAAAAACUGAUCCUUGCUUGCUGCAGAACUGUUCAGAAAACUAGAGACCAAUUAAUACUGCAUAGUGUAAAACAUGUCAAACUAUCAGUAGAGCCAAAGCUUUAAACUUUAAGCAUAUUUUUUUUGUAUGUUACAAUCAGCCAGAUUACAUAGAAGCAAGCAGGGAAUCAAACCUCCAACACAAGCCCUGUGGCGUGUGUCCUGCUGAAGUCUCCAUGAGCAAGGCAUUGAUUGGUACCUUGUGAGUGUGCUGCUUUGCACUGGCUGCUGGGCUUCUUUGUGAAAAAGGAUAACGGGAAGAUGAAAUUCAGAGUGCACAAGAUCAAAGUUUAAGAAGGCUGGUAAUUCAAAAGUGAUACUAACUGAAAUCAUGAUGUAACUGCUGUUUUUUUUAAUCGUCAAACAGUAAAAUAUUUUAAUUAAAAUCUUUCAAACGUCAUCAUUUUAGAUCAUAAAACUCCUGUCGCACCUUCUCUUGGAGGUAAUAUUGUACAGCAUAGGUGAGUGUUCAUGACAAGUUCUGCAUUUCAGCUCAUAUACCCCCCCUCCGGGUUAUGACGCCUUUCACGUCGUCCUUUCAGCCCCGAAACAUUGGACCUUGUGUUCACAUCAGUAUUUUUGCACUAGUGAAUUUUUAAAAAAAGCACCAAAUUAAAUCAAUGUCAGUCUCAGUUUUGUGAAGCUAAGUUGCACUACUGGGAAUAGUUCAGUUGAAGUUCAGCCUAUCCAGAAAGGUUUUGGAGUCGACACGCACAACUGUACAUGGUGUCACUGUUUUGGAUUUGUCUUUUUCUCUCUCUCUCUCUUUGUGUGUGUUCAUUUCAAUAAAUGUUUGAGGAUUUGUAUUUAUUGUAAGAC